AUGGUGACAGGCAAGUCGCAGCCUGGCAUUGAGCCGAUCCACCCCCUCCCACCCUCUGCGAACCAUGACGGAAUCGCGACCUCUCCACCAUCAAAGCGAGACCUGGCAUCUUGGUGGAGGCAGUUUAAACGUAACACGAGGAAAGAGGAUGUCAAAGAAAAACCUCAGGGUAUCUUCGGUGUUCCCCUCAACGUCAGCAUCAAAUAUGCGAAUGUUGCGAUCUCCCUCACGAACGAUAACGGCGAAAGCUUCAUUUAUGGUUAUGUACCCAUCGUCGUCGCCAAGUGUGGUGUCUUCUUGAAGGAAAAAGCAACGGACGUUGAAGGCAUUUUCCGUUUGAAUGGAUCUGCGAAACGUAUCAAGGACCUGCAAGAGAUCUUUGAUUCGCCGGAGCGAUAUGGAAAAGGGCUGGAUUGGACCGGAUACACUGUCCACGAUGCUGCAAAUGUUCUGCGUCGCUACCUUAACCAGCUCCCCGAGCCGAUCGUACCUUUGGACUUUUACGAGCGGUUUCGCGAGCCGCUACGCGCAUACCAGAGGCAGGUUCAGGAAAAUGGAUCUUCGGCUGAUUCGGAUGCCUUCGAUCACGCAAAGGCUGUCGCGGCCUACCAGCAAUUGAUUAGGGAACUUCCCCCACUCAACAAACAACUGCUUCUCUACAUCCUUGAUCUCCUCGCCGUCUUCGCGUCCAAGUCUGACCAGAAUCGAAUGACAUCGGCGAACCUCUCCGCCAUUUUUCAACCUGGGCUACUGUCUCACCCACAGCACGAUAUGUCGCCAGAUGAGUACAAGCUGAGCCAGGAUGUUUUGAUUUUCCUGAUCGAAAACCAGGAUCACUUUCUUUUCGGAAUGAAUGGUACUGCCGCAGAUGAACAGACCCUGAAGGAGGUCGAGGGCGGUACUGCUCGCCGGACGACGACGAAUUCCAACAUUAGACGCUCAGUGUCCAGCGCGAGCGGCGGCGCGGAUAGCUUCCGCAAGUACGAGAAUCUGCGUAGGAACGUCUCCGUGUCCUCGAAGCAUUCACGCCAUUCAAACAACUCUCCUGGUCCGGUGACACCAACCUCCUUGAGUGGUGUUGGAGUCCAUCGAAGCAACACAUUGCCAUCUAAAAUGUCACCAAUAUCUUCCGCGAGGUAUGGCAGGGUUCAGGAAUCGACCAGUGUUCAACCGUCUGGGCUCAACCCUUCUAUCCAGAAUUCCCGGUCAUCUAGCCGCGCCCCCACAUCGCAGGAGGAAACUAGCCAAACGACGCCGGCGCUUCCGUCAGGAUCCAACGCCGAAUCUGGCACUACAUACAUUCACUCGUCGACCCAUGGCCCCAUGCCAAAAGUCGCCGAAGCUCGCUCCCCCAUCGCCGAGAAGCCUGGCAUUCAGGAUCCUCUACCGGCCCUGGUGUCCUCUCCUCCGCCGCCCGUCGUGACUCCAACCAAAGAGCGAAAGUUGUCCAGUUUAUUCACCAAGUCCCCUCCGCAGAACGGUGAGCUGAAGGAACCCCGUCAGCCAAAUCGUCUGAAGAAGAAGCGGAUUCCAGGCAGCGCCAGCGAGAGUGCCCACAGCUCGUCUCUGUCGCUACAAGCAGCGCCAGGUGAAUCUGUUGUGAGCGUCGUCCCCCCGGCUACCCGGGCACACGAAGCCGAUGGUGAAGCCGGAGGGGCGACCCCUAGACCUCCUAACACGACAAAUCCCGGAGAUGAUACCACCGUCAACGCCGCUGGAGAGAAACCAGGCGUCCAGAAUGACUUGCACAAUGCAGACAAUUCGCUGAGACCGCAUGGUUCGCGCACACCCUCCAUGAACUCUCGCUCCUCAUUCACAGAUCAUUCGGAUCUCGAUCAGACAGACGAGAAAGCGGACCGCCGGGAGCACCGACGGAGUUGGAAGUUCCAUCGGUCGUCUAAGCGCAGCAACGAACAAAUCGGACUCGGUCUUGCAUCGCCACCCCUUUCCGCAUCAAAUCCCAGCGCUGAGCGCAGCACGACCUCAGUGGGCAGUUGGCAGCAAUCCAGCAAGAGCUCGCCGUCGGAUUUGCAGCAGUUCGCCAGCGACCCAUCCCAGCAACCUUUGAGCCUGGACGCUGAGAUAAACAAUAGCGCGGCUCCAAAGGAAAGCAUAGAGCCCGAGAAGCGGAGCCUCUUUGGAAAAUUCAAAGCCAAGGUUGCGCAGGUUCGGGAUGGCGUGAGAGAUUCGGAACGAGACCGUACCAGAAGCCCGGCGCAACCGGAUUCUGAGAGACCUGCGUCCAACCAUACCAUGUCCCCUGCUGGCAAGGACAGAAUCAGCAGUGGACCUGCACCAAUUGAGGUGCCAAAGGAGAGCAGAGAAGAGCAAACGCGCUCCCCAGUAUCCCCAAUCAUGUCCAGCUCCGGCCUGCCCCCGGCGAUCCCGGAAGAACCCCGCACUCCAGACAGUCCUGUCAUGUCGCGUACUGAUCCCGACUUGGACAAGGAAGCACCAGCCGCUGUCUCUGCUGAUCUUAGCAAUCCAUCGCACACUGAAGCUCUUGCUGCCGCGCAGCCUGAACAGAACAAAGAACCUCUUCUAAAUUAG